UUCACGUAAUAUCGAUAUAUGUCUUUCAUAUCUAAUUAUCAUGCUAUCAUAAUUUCUUUUUAUCAACAUUUCCAACCUAUUGAACUGAAUUUAUAAUUAUGUGGAGUGACACGAUUUUAAUAGUGUUUAUUUCUAUUUGCACUGCGCUCUUAGGAGAAGGUCUCACUUGGGUGUUAGUAUAUAGGACUGAAAAAUAUCAAAAGCUGAAAGGAGAAGUUGAGAAACAGAGCAAGAAAUUGGAAAGGCGAAAGGAAAUACAUGGAGAAUCUCUUGAUAAAUCUCAAAAGAAGAAAAUUGAGCGCGAUGAGGAGAAAUUGAAAAAUAAUAACCGAGAUUUAUCGUUGGUCAAAAUGAAGUCUAUGUUUGCUACGGGGUUCGCAUUUACAGCGCUUCUCAGUAUGUUCAACAGCAUCUUUGAUGGUCGCGUCGUAGCACAGUUGCCAUUUACACCAAUUUCUUGGAUUCAGGGCUUGAGCCACAGGAAUUUGUCGGGCGAUGACUACACUGAUUGCUCAUUUAUCUUCCUUUACAUACUUUGCACAAUGUCUAUAAGGCAGAAUAUUCAAAAGCUUUUAGGUUUUGCGCCUUCAAGAGCAGCUAGCAAACAGGGCGGAGGAUUGUUUGGACCUACGCCUGGACAAUUUAAAUAGGCACGCAUAUUGACCAAAGUGUGUUCUGUACAUCGAACUCGCGAAGGGAGGUGUGAAAAUUAAAUAAAUUAAAUUGUGUGUAUUUUUAAUUAAAAAUAUAUUAAUUUCAAAGGA